ACUUCUCUCCUUGAUUUUUUAUUUGAUUUUGUUUAACAUCCUGUCACAGCACAUUCUUAUCUCAUGAAGUUCUGCUUUUCCCCUGUAAAUCUCUGUCCAGGCACGUUACAGUAUAUGGCCCCUGAGAUCAUCGAUAAAGGGCCUCGAGGUUACGGGGCACCUGCUGAUAUCUGGUCCCUGGGUUGUACUAUUAUAGAGAUGGCAACAGGCAAACCUCCUUUCCAUGAGCUGGGAGAACCACAGGCUGCCAUGUUUAAGGUGGGCAUGUUUAAGAUCCAUCCGGAGAUCCCAGAGUCUCUUUCGUCAGAGGCCAAAUCCUUCAUCCUUUCCUGCUUUGAGCCUGACCCAAGUAAACGAGCGAUGGCCGGGGACCUGCUCAAGGAUCCAUUCCUGCGUCAAAACAUCAAAGGCAAAAAGAACAAGAUCGCUUUCAAACCCUCAGUAUGGCAAGACUACAUUCGCAGUGUUUCAUUGCCAGUCCAGCUGCAGACGGAGGCCACAGGGAGCAGCAGCAGUGAACCGGGCUCCGUGUCUCCAGACUGUGACUCCAAACAAGACGUGUUCUUCGAGAAGAGAAAACGCUGUAGUUCAGAGAACUUCAUCAAGCCACCCAACUCAAACUUCCUCAGUGUUCCAGAUGAGAGUCCUACAGCAGAAGACCGCAGUUCUCCAGCCUCUUCUGAGAACAGCGACUCUGGCCUCUUCCUGCUGAAGAAAGACAGUGAAAGACGUGCCAUACUCUACAAGGUCCUCAAUGAGGACCAGGAUAAAGUGACCUCCAACCUCAUGGAGAACCACAUCCAGGGUCAGGAGGAGCUGAAGUUGUCAGUGGACCAUAUCAAACAGAUCAUCUGCAUCUUACGGGACUUUAUACGAUGCCCUGAGCGACGUGUCAUGGCAACAACCAUCUCCAAACUUAAACUUGACCUAGACUUCGACAGCACAUCAAUCAACCAAAUCCAGCUGGUUCUGUUUGGCUUCCAGGACUCUGUAAAUAAAGUGUUGAGGAACCACCACAUUAAACCACACUGGAUGUUUGCUAUGGACAACAUCAUCCGACGGGCUGUACAAGCAGCUGUUACCAUUUUAAUUCCAGAGCUCCAGACACAUUUCGGGCCUGCAUCGGAAAGUGAAGGUGCAGAUAAGGAUGCAGAUGAAGUAGAUGAAGAGGAUGAUGGGGACUUUGGAUCAGUGGCGCGUACGACGCAGGAAGAUCAAGCCCUCACAUCUGGAGUCAGCACCCUCAGUUCAGUCAUAUCCCAUGAGGCUCAGCGGCCACAGCACCCACUGGGAGCCCAGCUUGGCCACCUCAAACAGGAAACCAGCAGGCUGCUUGAAGAACUGGUACAGAAGGAGAGAGACUAUCAGCAGGUACUGAGACAGACUCUCCAACAGCGGGUACACGACAUCGAGCUUAUCAAGAUCAGACAGCAGCCUGCUGCAGAGACAUCAUCAACCCCCUCUAUAUUUCACAUUGCCACCCAUCCAGAACCUGACAAGAAGCUGACUGACUGGCUGAAGGAGCAGGGUGCCGACUCUGAGACCAUAGAUAAGUUUGUUGAAGAAGAUUUUACGCUCAGCAAUAUUCUUUGCGAUGUUACCCAAGAAGACCUGCGCUGCCUGAGGCUAAGGGGAGGAUCGCUAUGUCGCAUCUGGAAAGCCAUUCAGAGACACCGUAACAAAGGGCUUAGAAAGGAAAAAAAUGACGAGGGAAAUUCAGAAGGAUGAGAAGCAGCAGGAAGUUGACCGACACCUGAGCCAGCAAAAUACAUCCCUAUAAUGAGAAACCCUUACUGGCCCGAACCUUGUAAUUAUGUCACGCUCUGCCCCAGUUGAACAUGUUUACUUGUCCUUCUGCUAUGAUGUAAUGUUUUUGUGCUAAUUUUAGUGUAUGUUUUCGACCUCUCCAAGUUUUACAUCUCAUUUCCAUUUGAUUUCAAAAGGGAAAGCCAUGAGGAUGUAAACGGCUCUGUUUGGGAAAUUCUGCACUUUCCACUGUUUACACUGCCAGGUAGCAAUGGUAGUACCUUGGGAAUGGGCCUAAGACGGCAGAGCAAACGGUAUUACCUGCUUAAUGUACUGUAGGUAGACUUCAGAUCAUGCCAUUUUAAA